AUGAGCACACCUACCCCUACUUCGAGUGCUUCCCCCUCACAGUCCAGUGCAACCAGAGAUGGCGGCACUCCACCUACAAGCCUUGCAGUCACUGUUUUUAUAAGCGCAUUCGUAGUGAUUUUUGUACUUUUCGGCGGCUUUCUUGUGAUAGGUCUCAUCAGAAGGCGACGGAACCCAGAAAGAUAUGGUCCUCGUCCAGCAUUACCCGGAAGGCCCAAACAGACGCGGAAGAAGGGACUUGCAAUGGCAGUUCUUGAGAGCAUCCCCAUUGUGAGAUUUGGUGCCAAUAACAGGAGUGCGGAGGUUGGACCUCAGAAGGAUGUUGAGCUUGCCGGAGGACUGGGCGAUGACGAGUCGAACGCCAGUACGAGCAGGCAGUCGGUAGAGACUCCAGCCAACCCAGGAAGCGAAAUCAGUCAACCAACUCCGUCACAUCAACUUCCAGAUACCAAAAAUGCUGAGCUUGGAACGGGUACCGAGUGCUCGAUUUGCAUCGCAGACUUCGUGGAAAGUGAAGAAGUUCGUGUUCUGCCAUGUAGUCACCGAUUCCACCCGGCAUGUAUCGACCCAUGGCUUUUGAACGUUUCGGGAACUUGUCCAAUCUGUCGUUAUGAUCUCGAGCCGACCCAGCCGGACGCUCCUAGAGAGCAGACAACCGAGACAAGCGAGGCUCCUGCUCCUGCGCCUGCUGCUGCAACACUAGCAGUUCCGGCUCCAGCAGUACCGCGAGAUCGCACAUCAUUCCGGUCAAGGCUUCGUGAAAUCCGUCAAGCACAUACAGGAACUGAAUACACAUCGGCACUACGUCGUCUAUACCACGACCACGAGCACCGACGAAGAAGUUCAUCUGUUCACACCGCAGAUGUAGCGCCACAGGAACCGAGACCGACUUGA